AUCCCAACCGAGAAGCGACAAGGAAGUGUGGGCCCCGCCCUCCUCCGAGAUAAACAUUCCCUACACCCUUGCCUCCUUCUAAGGUGACACACACUUCCUUACUUCCGUACUUCUGGGUUUGCUCCCACUUUGUCUCUUUGACGGCGGAUUUUCUCGUCGCCAUGGUGACACAUGACAGUUAUGGACUGUAGACUGAGAGGACCCCAGGUUCUUCGCGAGGUAGUCCACGCGUGUCUUACUGCCCACUGUGGAUGCACAGAGACGUCACGCAGGUCCACGUAGGUCUACCUGACAGUCCGGGAGGGUGUGUGAGACGCCUGUUGCUAGUACAACGGUUGAAACGACCCCAUUUCUGCUCUUUGACUGUGUUUUUGUGGCACACAUGGAGAUAAAAGGAACAUUUCGGAGCCCUUUCCCCACGCCGAGACGUCUGGCGGCGGCGGCGGCGCCCGCAGGGAAGUCCAAGUUGACCCACCCGGGGAAGGCGAUUCUUGCAGGUGGUAUUGCAGGCGGUAUUGAGAUUUGUAUCACCUUCCCCACAGAGUAUGUGAAGACCCAAUUACAGCUGGAUGAGAAGGCCAACCCUCCUAAAUACAGAGGAAUAGGUGAUUGCGUGAAACAGACUGUACACAGUCAUGGUGUCAAAGGACUCUACAGAGGACUCAGCUCAUUGCUCUAUGGAUCCAUUCCUAAAUCUGCUGUCAGGUUUGGUGUGUUUGAGUUCCUCAGUAACCAUGCAAAGGACAGUUCAGGCCGACUAGACAGCACUCAGGGUCUGCUGUGUGGACUUGGAGCUGGGGUGAUGGAGGCCGUGUUGGUGGUUUGUCCCAUGGAAACCAUCAAGGUCAAAUUCAUCCAUGACCAAACUUCGGCGAACCCCAAAUACAAAGGUUUCUACCAUGGAGUCAGAGAGAUAGUUCGAGCUCAAGGUUUGAGAGGGACUUACCAAGGUCUCACUGCCACUGUGCUCAAACAAGGCUCCAACCAGGCCAUUCGCUUCUUCGUGAUGACCUCGCUGAAGAACUGGUACAAAGGCGAUAACCCCAACAAAUAUAUCAAUCCUUUGCUGACUGGAGCGUUUGGAGCCAUUGCUGGAGCAGCCAGUGUGUUUGGAAACACUCCUUUGGACGUCAUCAAGACUAGGAUGCAGGGUCUGGAAGCGCAUAAGUAUAAGAGCACACUGGACUGUGCUGUGAAGAUCCUGCGCUAUGAGGGAUUAGCAGCUUUCUAUAAAGGGACCGUUCCUCGUCUGGGUCGCGUGUGCUUGGACGUGGCCAUUGUGUUCAUCAUCUAUGAAGAGGUGGUCAAGGUUCUCAACAGAGUCUGGAAGACGGAAUGAACUGCUGGACAGCUACUACCUUCUUCUCCUGCUUCAGUUUAGUGGACUUGUUAUAUUUUAUUAUCAUUAAGCUAGCUGCUGCUGCCAGUUUAAAGACAGAAUGUUAAACUUUGUAGUCAAAAAAUAGAAGCUCUUUGCUGCCCUCAUCUGGCUGGUGGGCAUACUUACAUCGUUAUGACACAUUCCAUGGCCAAUUUCACUCCUCUUAUGAAACCUGAUUUAUGCAUUUGAAUCAACUGGAAUCUUCAAAUUGUUACCUUUUCUUAGCAAUACAUACUUAAUAGUUACUUAGUUGGUAUUCUAAUAUGCUCAAACGGUGCUUUACUGUUGCAGUUGUUCCUUGUUGCAAUGCAUUCAUUUAAUCGAUCACAUAAACUACAGUCGCAUUCAUAAGCAGAGCCUUUAACAGAAUGAGUUGACAUUUAGAAUAUAAUGAUUUUUUUUUUUUAUAGAAACAAUGCAGAUUGUAUUUUUUUCCGAUUUCCCAGCAUGACACUUUUAUUCAAAAUUAAUUUAUUCUUGUGCCAAAUGUGUCUGCCUAUUAACUGAAUGUUGUGUAUUUAAAUGUUGUUGUUUUUUAAGUCAAUGUGUCACCACAAUUCAAUCUGGAUUUAAAGUUGUUUAGAAAAAAUAUAUAUAUCCAAUUGCUGUUUUUAAAGUGUAACUGUGAGAGCCAACACACAGACCUCAAAGUUUGUUUGUUUUAACUAUGGGUGAUUUAUUUGUCUUUUGGUUUACAUGUAUUUUUCAAAUUAUUGCUUGCAAUUCUUUAAGACAAAUAGUUUAUUGUGAACAUUUAGUGGGGAAUUAUUUUUAAAAAAUUAAUAAGAAAAUAUUAUGCCUAGAAAUUCAAAAACAAACAACAAACAUUUAUUUUGCAUGCAACAUUCCACAAUAUUCUCAUGAAAACAGGUUUUUAGUGCCAAGCUUAUUUCAGAGAGUACCUAGGAUCUUUCACUUGUGCCUUUGUGUUGACGAUUUAAUUAGUAUUACUUAUUUAACAUUCCUGACAAGCAGUUAUGUUAGAAAAAAUGUCCAACACUGUGAAACAUGACUGCGAGUAUACAAUGAAUGUGUAUCAUAUGUGUUUCCUUGGGGCCAUAGAACAUGUGUACUGACUGCCACAAGUUCAUGUGCGUCUUUAUGAAGCCUUUGUGCAAUAAACAUUGUCCUUGG